AUGAGGAACGAAAUGUGGAUAGCGAUGUUCCUUGCCGGGACGGUGGUGACAAUAUACUGUACGUACCUAGUGGUGGUGGAUUACCUCUCUUACCCAGUCAUUACAUACGUGUCCAUGAGCCACGCACGAAAAAUGGCUUUCCCUGCCGUCACCGUCUGCAACUCCAAUCCCAUCGUCUGCUACAAACUGGGCCAGCUCCGAGAUUUGCUUCCCGAGUUAUGGAAUGUAUCCGGAUGCAGGAUAGAAGCCCUUAUGCUCGUCCCAGUCUCUUGGCUCAAUUCAUCGAAUUGGAAUGCAGAGGAACUAAAGAAUGGACUCAAUGGGUAUUUACAAGAGGUGGUGAACACGACCGAACUGGCACUUACUAUCGUGGAUCAAGGCUACACAUAUACAAAUAAUUUGCCACUCCUGAACUUGAUGUCUGGAACAAAUAAGAAUUCUCGAUUGGAUUCACUUCUCAAGAGUCUAUUGUAUGUGGCACCGGUGGAGUUCAAGGCUAGGAAUGGCAGCAGGGCCUUUGACGUCCUCAUAGCGUACAUGAUGGGUAAAGGAGACCUCACGUCCGGCACGACACAAGCCAGCACUAAUCCGGUUGUUGUUGCAUCAACCACUUCAGUGAAUGCCAGUAGCAAUGGAAACGGCAGUUCAAAUGUGGACGGACUUCGCGGAUUUGGAGUACAGGACAGCAAGGAUGCAACCGAAGAUUACUUGAAUGAAUUUCAAACAAAUGCUGCUCCCACAAUAUGGGACAUGCUUCAUGUUCAACACCGCCUGGAAUCAAAACGAUUCAACCGCAGGGAAGAGGAUCGCAAGCAAAACUGGAGAAGAAACAGUUACGUGAGAAAUCCGUCAGCAUCGAGUGUUGGAGCUCGCAUAACGAUUCAUUCCGCGAAUGAAUGGCCGAAUCCCGUGGAACAGGGAUACAUCGUUCAACCCAACACUCGCAAUGUCUUCGCCUUGCAAGUUGUGAACAUGUCCAGGCUGGAGAGUCCCUACAGCACUGACUGUUUCUCGGACUGGCAUGAAACAGAAUACAAACCGUAUUCUAUGGAUAAUCCAAAUGCCAGUCUCGACUACACUCAAGUCGUGAGUAAACUCAAAUCUAUAAUUGAUGACACUACCCGCAGAGUUCCGCUGUUUUACGUUUGA